AUGGUUAUGGAAGAGUUGUGUAAGAACCCUGCUGUGCACAACAUACACAUUACUUAUCGCAUGCCAAAUGAAAUCCUGAAGCACCGGAUUAAUUACAAGUACAUGGCGAUAGAAGCAGACAAACAUGUGAAGAUCAUAUUUGACAAGUUGGAGAGAAUACCUGAAGUAACUAACAUUGAGUUGUACAUACAGUUGGAGCCAUGUGCAGAAGUUGGUAUUGAGGAAAUCCAACAAACACAAACAAGUUUACAAGUUACAGUUCCAGAUGCUCAAUACCAGUAUUUUACACAUGAUGAGGAUGAGGAUGAUGACUAUGUUGAUGAAAAUAUUGCCAUUAACGGUGAAGAUUUUGGCGAUAGAGAUGAGAUUGAAGACAUGAUUGAACAAGGGGACUUUAGGGACUUUGAGAGGGACAUUGAUGACGAUGAGACAUUGGACGGUAGUCAACCUGAUGCAUACAAUGUUCUUAGUGUCCAAAACAUUACAGACACAAUCCCUGUGUACUCACCACCUGCCUUGUCAUUUUCUGAAAAUACUUGGGAAAAUUUAUUUGAUCCUUCACAUAUUGAGACACUAUUUGUGUCUAGUUGGAGAGAGGGGAUGAAUUUGUGUAAAGGCUUGACUUUUGCCAAUAAAAUGGAGGUGCAACGUGUAUUAACAAAGUGUGCCCUCAAGGAAAACAAACAUUUUAUGAUCACUAGGUCAACCACGACAAAACUUUGUGCGAAAUGCGUUGAUGAGUCAUGCACGUGGUAUGUCUGCGUAGUCAUGAAGCCCAAGUUCCACAAUCUAUGGAUGGUCACCGUGUACAAGGGUCCUCACACUUGUAUAUGGACUGGGGUGCGAAAUGAUGGUAGAAUGAUGAGUUGUAAAUUUAUUGCAGAUGACAUCCUUAAGAAGUUAUGUGAGGAUCACACUACCCCAAUUAAGCAUCUCAGAUCUAUGAUAGAGUCGAAAUAUGAGGGACAAAAGCCUUCUUACUACAAGGUGUGGGAUGCGAAACAAAAGGCGAUUGGGAAGAUGUUUGGGAAUUGGGAAGAGUCUUACCAAAGGUUGCAGAAGUUGCUAAUGACAUAUAUUGAUCAGGAUCCGACUACGCAGGUGUUCUAUCGUACCACAUCCACCGGUGAAGAUGACACAGUAUUUUUGAAUUAUGUGUUUUGGUCUUUCGGUCUAAGCAUUGAUGGAUUCAAAUAUUGCAAGCCGGUUAUCAGUAUUGAUGGGACCCAUCUGUAUGGUAAAUAUCAGGGAAAGUUGUUGGUUGCAAUGGCAACCGACGCUAACAACAAGGUAUUCCCUCUUGCCUUUGCUAUUGUGGAUUCUGAGUCAGGGUCUAGUUGGAGGUGGUUUUUACAAUGCCUCAGAGAUGCGAUUGGCCGCGUGAUACCUAACGAAGGCAUUUGCAUAAUUUCUGACCGACAUCUCGGUAUCAAAAACGCCAUUGCAAACUGUCCUAGAAGGGAUGAUGGAAGAGCACUGGUAUUUCAUAGAUAUUGCCUUCGACAUGUUGCUAGCAACUUUAACACACAUUUUCAGAACUCGACUCUGAAGUCAGCGGCGUUGAAAGCCGGAUAUGCUAGUCAGGCAGUGAAAUUUACCUCCAUAAUGGAGACCAUUAAGCAGGCGGAAAUUGAGGCCAUUAGAAAUAAGAAGAAGUUGACGGGGAAGGAUGGCAAGGAAAAGAAUCAAGAUUAUCUUCCAUACACAUACCUAAUGGCGAGUCUGUGGAUAUGUGGACCCAGUCACAUGAUGGUGGGAGACGUUUUGGGGCAAUGA